GGACAGGGAUUGAUGGCAAGGGUUGCUUGUGCGCAUGAAUCAGUAGACCAAAGACUGUUCUCCAAGCUUAUCCUCUUCUCGGCGUGGGUCCUCUCAGAAAUCUUUCCCACCCAAUCAGAGCCUCCCACCUGUGUCAUCUUCCACAAAACGACACGAGAGAACUCAACGUCCGACCCCCACACCCAUGCAGCUUGCGGAGGAUAUUGUGGUGAAGCCCUGAUCCGAGUACUUACUGUCAUCCCCACUCUGUGAGCCCCCCAAGUCUCCACGGUCCAGUGAUCGCAAACUCACAUACAAUGGCGUGCAGCUCCAUCCACGGUGGCCCCCUACUACAGCUCCCCUCGGUCGGUGCCAAGAACAUUUUCUUCUCCGGUGGCACCACAAACCCCGGUGUAAGCUUUCCGUCUACUGCCCGCGACAACAGAAGAUGCUCAAAGAUCAGGCCGUCGGUCUUCUCGGCCGGGGACGGCCGGCCGCAGCUGGACGAGAACCCGGAAGGGAUCAUCUCCGGCGAGUGGACCGAGAACUUCUCUUUGCUGAGCUACGAUGACCUGCGGGCGUAUCUCGAGUCACACAUCACUGCUCAUAAGGUCGGGCCUUGUUCGCCGCUGAGGGAGGUCAUGUCGACGGCGAUCGUGACUGCGACCGCCAGCCAGAUGCUGGAAGAGAUCAACCAUCAUUUUGAGGCCGUGUCGGGGCUGCCGGUGGUCGACGGCGAGCGCAGAUGCAUCGGGGUCGUUUGCAGGAGCGACGGGAGUAGAGCCUCUUCACUUGGAUCCAAGACGAGCGUCGGUGAAGUCAUGUCCUCUCCAGCGAUCACACUGUCGCCUGAGAAGACAGUCACGGAUGCUGCAGCCUUGAUGCUGAAGAUGAAGAUCCAUAGGAUACCCAUCUUGAACGAGGAAAGGCGAGUCAUAGGCAUUGUGACGCGCACUGACAUAUUGGAAGCUUUGGAAGCAUGAACACUCCCACGGACUCUUCUAUUCAUGUAAAUAUACUGAAACAAUAUCGACCAUGUAAAUAAUGGUUUUUUACGUUGUGUAAUGGAAACUCCUACCGACUCACUCGUUAAUCA